UAAUUCUUUAAAAUCACCAAAGAGGGCGUGUUAAGCGUAUGGUGAUAGAGUGACAGACGUUAAAAUGAAUACAUUUGGCAGUCGUCGUACAAACGUAAAAAUAGCAGUAGGAGCUUUAGUAUGCGAGGAAAGUAUUUUAAAAGGGGAUAUCACUAUUGGACCAAAAACUAUAAUUCAUCCAAGAGCAAGUAUCAUUGCAGAAGCUGGUCCAAUUAUAAUAGGUGAAGGGAACAUUAUAGAAGAAAUGGCGAUCAUAACAAAUAGGUUACCACCAGAUACUCCCGAACCAACAACAAUUCCGGUACAAAUAAUAGGCAAUUAUAAUGUAUUUGAAACUGAUUGUAUUUGUGAAGCAUUUAAAGUUGGAGAUCAUAAUAUUUUAGAAAGCAAAGGAACUUCGUGCACAUUGACAGAAGCAGACACAAUACCAGAAAAUACAAUAAUUUAUGGUAAUGAAUGCCAACGUAGAGAAAUGCACGAUAAACCAUAUCCUCCAAUAAGUCAAAUAGAAUUUUUGUUAAAAAUUUUACCAACUUACCAUCACAUUCGUAAACCUAAUGUAAAACCAACAAAAAAUGAAGGGGGGCUAUAACAAACUAUAUACAUUCUUAGGUAAUAUAUUUGCGAUAUAAUGAUUUAAAAAUGCAACAGAUAUUUAUACAUUUAAUGUUAAUUCUAAAAACUAACAGUGCAUUUUAAUUAAGUUUCUGUUUUCUAAUUGUAUUUGUACAUUCUGCACUAUAAAAGUAUUAUUAUUAUAUGUAUAAUAAAUUGAGUAGUUUCAUAUGUGAUGUACAAUACAUCAGCAUAUAGCCUUUAUGAGUUAUUUGAAACAAAAAUAAAUAUAGUAUGCAUAAUAGCAUCUUGUGAAUAAUUUUUUAAUAAUGUAGAUUUAUUUUUAAAUAUUUAAAAGUGAACUUACAGAAUAUUUUGAUAAUACUUUGAAGUAUUAAAUAAAAUAUGCUUCUUAUAUAAGAUUCUAUGGUUUAUUAUAAUAUCAUAGAAAACCUAUAUUUAUUCAGUGUUCUUGUCACAUAUUAGGAUAUAAGAAUAGUACUACUGUAUCAUAUUACAUUCAUUAUGCUUUUUAAUCUUUGAAUCGACUAUAUCUACUCUGUAGAGUGAGGUGAAUAUGUAUAUCCUAGUAAUAAAUUUAAUUUCCUGCUGUGCCAACAGAUGGCAGAGCUAUCAUCUAUUUUGAAAUCAGUUCUCAAAUUUGACGAGAAAACUUGUUUUAUAAAAAAACUUACCAAUUUUAUUAUAUCCUAAUUAUAUUAUUUAUUUAUUAUUUAUUAUUUAUUAUUACGUAUCGGAUUUGAAUAAACUUGCGGUUUUACAGUUUUUAACAUUUACACUUUUUGA